AUGAAAUAAAAAUAAAUUAAAUUUAGAAGCUCAUUUUCAUAAUGUUAUUCAAAUCUAAGACUGAGAACUUAAGUCCUUAUUUUGUAAAUAAUUUAUUUAGUAAUAAUAACUACUUGCCUCACUUGUUUGACAUUAAUAAUUUAAAAAAAUAUUAUUAACACUUUAGCUAUAGAUUCUUAGUAGGUAUUAACAUAAAAAGAGAUGAAUCGAAUAUCUGAGAAUUAUCUAUUUUAAUUUAUUUAAUAGAUAAAUAAUGGAUUUUUUUAAAGGAGUCAAUCAUUAAAUGCAAUAAAUUCAUUGUAUUUUGUAGCUUAAGAUAAAAAUUUGAAGUUUCAAUAAAACCUAGAUAUAUGUUAAACAUUUACUAGUAAUUCAGAAUUAAUGUCACAAAUAGAAAGAUCAUUUUGUUUUUGUUAUGGUUUAGCUGGUAAUAGUCUAUUAUAAUAUGAUGAUAAACUUAGAUUGAGCAACAUUCUAAGUAUUACAUCUACAAUUUAAUCAAAUUAUACUUAAUUAUAUUAUUCCUCAAAUACUGAUGAUUAGUUUUAUACAUUUAAACCAUGUUAAAAUGUACCAUCAGCUUGGAUUCCUAAAUAACGGCCAUGGUAUCAAUAACACAAUUAAAGUAACUUAGAAAUUUAAUAUACUUCUGCCUAUAUUGAUUAUGGAGGUGGUGUAUGUUUAACUUAAACUAAAUCAUUAACAAAUGAACAAAAUCUUUCAAUUGGUAUCAUAGCAAAUGAUAUAACAAUGGCAUAAUUUUCUAGUUUUACAUAUAAUUAAAUAGCUGAAUUUCUUUUAAUUGAUUUUAAAGGUUAAAUUUUAUUGAGUAAUCAUUAUGAAAAAGGAUAAGAAAUUGUUGAUUAUUUUUAAAAUGUUACAAAGACAGGUUUUAAUGAAACUGACUUUGCCAUUCUUUUAAACUAUUAAUAAAAUGUUUUAUAUACAGAUUUAUGUUAAAUUCAUAUUAAUAAUACCUUUUGUUUAUAUGAUAAGUUAAAACAAAAAUUAUUUUAUUUUAAAUUAGGUCUAAUUAUGAAUAAUAAAUAUAUUGUUGUUGCUAAAUUUGAUCCUUUUCUAUAUUCUAGUGUGAUGAAUUCAUUAUUAGAAGAAAUCAAUUAAAAAAAUCAAUAAAUGGCUACUCUCAUAAUUGGUAUGAUAAUUUUAGCCUUUUUCAUAUUUUUUAUAUCUUUCAUUAUAACAACUAUAGUAUUGCAAAGACCAAUUGAAUAAUUAAUGUAUUAUUCAAAUCUAUAAAAUAAAUCAGGUAAAUUUCUUAAGACAUCAUUUCCAAAGAUUGAUAUUGGAACAAAUAUUGGUGAAUUGAAUUUAGCUUUUUUUAAUUUAUUAAAUUAAUAGCGUAGCAAUAAAAAAGACUGCUUAGAACUCAAUAAAUAAUAAUCUUAAGAUACAUUUUAAUUUUAGAAAAAUGAUAAUAAUAUUUAUUUGAAUAUCCCAAAUAAAGUAUUCUAAAAUUUACUAGUAAUUUAUGAUUUGAAUAUUAUAGAAUUUAAAUUAUCCAAUACUAUCAAAUUUUUAAAAUAAAUUGAUGUUGAGACGUGAACAAAUCAUUUUAUUUAAUUAUAUUAGAAUGAUCAAUUAUAAAAUCUAUCAUUUUGGUGAUUGCAAAUCUGAAAUUAAUUAGAAUAACUGUUGA